AUGGCCCGCGAUAACCAUGGAAGUCCACAAGAGGACGCCGCCUUGGUCAGCUUGUCUCCAAGUACCUCCAGCUCACCUCGACCUCCCCGUCCUGUCUCUGACCUGCCAGAUGAACUUGUACAGGCUGGAUGGGAGAAGUGCUGGAGUAAGAGGGAGAGUCGUCCUUAUUAUUUUAAUCGUUUUACCAAUCAGUCACUUUGGGAGAUGCCUGUCCUUGGCCAGCAUGAUGUCAUUUCUGAUCCUCUGGGCCUCAAUGCGGCACCGGUCCCUACUGAAGAAUGUAUUCCUACAACGCCUAAGGAAUCCAUGCCACGCAAGAGGAGGAUAUCUGAGGAGGCGCCAGUCACCGACAGCACCAAGAAGAUUAAGAUGGAGUCUGUGCCACCGACACCGGCUACCGUGCCCAGCUCCCCAGUCAUCCCAGGAGUUUCUCUAGAGGAAAAGUUUGCAAACUUGGUGAAGCCGACUGAUGUUUACUGGGAUUUGGACAUACAGAGUAGUGUACUGGUUAAGCCACCUCCACCCUCUCAUCUAUUACCACCCCCAUCACAAGCUGUACCAAUCCACCCUGAAGUGGAACUUCUACGGUCGCAGCUUAUCCUGAAACUACGGCAACAUUACCGAGAACUCUGCCAACAAAGAGAAGGUAUUGAUCCACCCCGGGAAUCAUUUAAUCGCUGGUUGUUGGAACGGAAGGUGCUAGAUCGAGGACCUGACCCCCUGCUUCCCAGUGAUUGUGACCCAGUGGUAUCUCCAUCCAUGUUCAGGGAGAUUAUGAAUGAUGUCCCUAUAAGGUUAUCGCGUAUUAAGCAUCGGGAUGAAGCAAAACGUUUGCUGUUUAAAUAUGCUGAGGCUGCUAAGCGACUUAUUGAAUCUAGGCGAGCCUCUCCAGACAUUAGAAAAGUGGUGAAGUGGAACGUGGAAGACACAUUCAGCUGGCUGCGGAGAGACAACCUGGCUACAAAGGAGGAUUACAUGGAACGCUUGGAGCACCUACGAAGGCAGUGCGGCCCGCAUAUGGCAGCUGUGGCACGAGACUCAGUAGAAGGCAUAUGUAGUAAAAUCUACCACUUCUCUCAGGAUUAUGUGAAGAGGAUUCGUGAGAAGCACAUGACAUUGCUACGUGAAGCCAAUAUACCAGAACCAGGCCCAGCUGCACCCUGCCCAGACAAGGUGGUGUUCUGUCAUCCUGUGCGAUUGUCUUCUCCAGCAUUACCAUUCCAGGGAGGAGUGGAUUUCCAACAAGAUGGCAGCUUGGUGUGUGUGAGGUACAAAGGGGAGUCUGUCAGAAUCAACCAGAGUUAUUUCAGCAAAUUGUUCCAGCUUUAUCGCCUCAGUUGUACGGAUGACCCAGGGUCAGAAAAGUUCAUGUCUCGUGUAUGGUGUCUCCUGCGAAGAUAUCAGGUGAUGUUUGGGACAGCGCAGUAUGAGGGUUCCGGUCUGCAGGGGGCACUUCCAGUCAGUGUUUUUCAGGCUUUGCACAAGAUUUUUUGGUGUCACAUCUGAGUGUUUCGCUUCCCCUCUGAACUGUUAUUUCAAGCAGUACUGUUCUGCCUUUCCAGACACAGAUGGAUACUUUGGCUCCCGAGGGCCAUGUCUUAGUUUUUUCCCAGUCAGUGGUUCCUUUGAGGCAAACCCUCCUUUCAGCGAGGAGUUAAUGGAUGCCAUGGUUACACAUUUUGAGAAACUGCUAGAGAGUUCAGAUCAGCCCCUGUCUUUUAUUGUCUUUAUCCCUGAAUGGAGAGACCCCCCUACUCCUGCUCUCACUCGCAUGGAAGAAAGCCGUUUCAAACGUCACCAGGUGGUUCUCCCGGCCUUUCAGCACGAAUACCGCAGUGGCUCCCAGCAUGUGUGCAAGAGAGAAGAGCUGUACUACAAAGCUGUACACAAUACAGCUGUGCUGUUUCUUCAGAACGAGGCUGGAUUCCUGAAGUGGUCCCCCACUGCAGAGCGUGUGCAGGAGCUAUGUACAGCAUACAAGCACUCCGGAAGGCUGUCCAACUCCUCGGGGGCCACUGAGAAAGAGUCCUCCCGGGAGGAAGGCACAAGCAAGGACAGUAUGAAUAACUAG